GGAGGAGGAGGGCAAGAAAGAGGAGGAUGAGGACAAAGAGGAAGAGGAAGACAAAGAGUGGAAAUAUCUGAUGAAAUUCGAGCAACAGUCAUAGACCAUGUUCUUGUCCAUGGACUGACAAUGAGGGAAGCAGGACUUAGAGUGCAACCCAAUUUGAGCCGAUUUUCUGUGCCCACCAUAGUAAGGACAUUCAGAGAAGAGAACAGAAUUGCAAGGCUGCCACAUGCAGGUGGAAGGAUACUUAUAUUCACUCGGGAGCAAGAGGCCGUUAUAGUGGGCAUGGUCCUUCAAGAUAAUCUAAUACGACUCAGAGAAAUCCAGGAACGAGUGAUACAAGACAACACACACUUCCAGGGAAUCGACAGUGUGAGCAUUUCCACAAUUGACCGUGUCCUCCAUCGAAACAGGAUGCGAAUGAAACAAGUUUACAGAGUACCUUUUGAGCGCAACUCACCAAGGGUGAAAGAACUGCGAGCUCAGUAUGUGCAAACAAUAUUUGACUUGGAAUCCUUGGACAGACCCCAUGAGUUCAUCUUUGUCGAUGAAGCAGGCUUCAAUCUAACGAAGAGGAGAAGGAGAGGCCGAAACAUGAUUGGACAGCGGGCCAUUGUUGAAGUCCCUGGUCAACGAGGUGGCAAUGUCACAAUCUGUGCUGCUAUCAGCAACCAUGGUGUUCUAUAUCACCAUGUUACACUCGGGCCAUAUAAUACCCAGCUUCUUCUAAGAUUUGUUGCAAAUCUAAGAGAUAUUUUAUUUGAGCAGCAGGUUCAAGAGCAGCAGGGUCAAGAGCUAAAUGACAAUCCCAUUGCCACCUAUCUGAUAGUGUGGGACAAUGUCAGUUUUCACCGAGCUGCUCAGGUAAGGAAAUGGUUUAACAUCAAUGGGCAGUUUAUGAACCUGUACCUCCCUCCAUACUCGCCUUUCCUGAAUCCGAUUGAGGAGUUUUUCUCCUCUUGGAGAUGGAAAGUUUAUGAUAGACAACCCUACACAAGAGUAAAUCUGCUGCAAGCCAUGGAUUUAGCCUGUGGUGAUCUAGGUGAGGAAUCAUGUCAGGGCUUGAUACGGCACACAAGAGGCUUCUUCCCCCGUUGCCUCAGGAGGGACAAUAUUGCUUGUGACGUCGAUGAAGUGCUCUGGCCUGACCCAGCCCAAAGACAAGAAGCACAUUGAUCAUCACAUGUUUACUCCUUUGAUUUUUAUAUUACAAUACAUUGUAGGCUGUAUACUGUACAAUAAACAAAUUGUUUGGCCCUGAACAUUGUGCUUUCCAUUUGUGAACAGUACUGACUGCUCAAUAGAUUAUGAAUGGUUGCAGGUUCAUAACAACAAAUAACAAUAAUUACACUAUCACAGAGACCAAGCACAA